AUGGGAGAGAUACGGGAAUAUCGUGGAUCCUCUGGGGAGCCUCAACAACAUCAUGAUGCUGUCGAGGCAGAGAAGAGUCUCUCCAGAUCAGAACACCUCAAUAAACACCUGAAGAGUCCCACAGGAGAGAAACCUUACUGCUGCUCUGACUGCGGGAAGAGAUUCAACUCUUCAGUAAAACUUAAAAUACAUCAAAGAAUUCACACAGGAGAGAAACCUUUUGGCUGUGAUCACUGUGGGAAUAGUUUUACUCAGCAAAGCAACCUGAAAUCACAUCAGAGAAUACACACAGGAGAGAAACCUUAUGGCUGUGAUCAAUGUGGAAAGAGUUUUUCUCAGCAAAACAACCUGAAAUCACACCAGAGAAUACACACUGGGGAGAAACCUUAUGGCUGUGAUCAAUGUGGGAAGAGUUUUACUUUGUCAAGCUGCCUGAUAGUGCACCAGAGAACACACACUGGAGAGAAACCUUUUAGCUGUMAUCAAUGUGMGAAGUGUUUUGUUACAUCUGGCAAUCUGAUUGUACACCAGAGAACACACACAGGAGAGAAACCUUAUAGCUGUACUCAAUGUGGGAAGAGU